AUGUUAAUGUGGAUUCCUUCGCUGCUCCUCGCAGCCCUCUCAAGCUUCACGCCUGCUGCUCAGACGACUGAACCUAUAGUCGACCUGGGUUAUGCACGAUACCGAGGUAGCAUCAACGACACCACCAGCGUGACUUCGUACCUUGGAAUUCGAUUCGCCCAGCCACCAGUAGAAGAUUUGCGCUGGCGCGCACCACAACCUGCCAAAACGUUGCCUAGCGUACAGAACGCGACGAUUGUACCCCCACUAUGUCCACAAGGGUUCAUAAACAUCUCGAUUCCCGGCGGUAUACCGCCACCUGAUCUAACCAAUGUAUCCGAAGAUUGCUUGUUUUUGAGCGUGUUUGCGCCACGGAAACUGCCACCAAAAAGAAAGAAGCUACCUGUUAUCGUGUGGAUCCAUGGCGGCGGCUACAUCAUAAGCAGCGCCGCAACGUUUGAUGGGACUAAUUUAGUACGAGAAUCUAACGACGGUGUCAUCGUGGUCGCUAUUCAGUACCGCCUUGGCAUAUUCGGCUUCAUGGCUGGCAAAAAGCUCAAAGAGAAUGGAGAUCUGAAUGCUGGUUUGCUGGACCAAGAACUUGCCUUGAAAUGGGUUCAGCAGCAUAUCAACAAGUUCGGCGGCGACCCCAAGCAAGUCACCAUAUGGGGACAAUCAGCAGGCGGUGGCUCCGUGCUACAGCAAGUAAUUGCUCACAAUGGGCAAACAAACCCCCCUCUGUUCAGAGCAGCCAUGUCAAGUUCGACCUAUCUACCUUCGCAGCAUCACUUCGAUGAUCCCGUCCCAGAGGGCAUCUAUUCCACCGUUGUGUCUACCGCUGGGUGUACCGAUGCAACCGAUCCUCUUACUUGCUUACGGGCUUCGAAUACGUCCAUUUUGCAAGCUGCUAAUGACAAGGCAUGUCGCAGUGGAUUUUUCGGCACAUCCGUUGUCGUUCCGGUCGUAGACGGCGAGUUCAUUACGCAGAGACCAUCGGAAGCUCUGCGCCAACGACGCGUCAACGGGAAUGCGCUCCUUGCCAUCUCAAACACCAACGAAGGGGACAUUUUCGUCGACCAGAGCCAGGCCGAUACCGUGACUGCCGCACAGUUCGUGCGCGAUCUUUAUCCCCGCCUCAAUGAAGCGCAGGUCACGGAGGUCGUGCGUUUGUACUCGGGACUGGGUGCGCCGAUUCGACAGGCUGAUAGCAUUAUGGGCGAUACACUCUUCCAAUGCCCUACGAUUUGGUUCUCUCAGGCGUUCCGCCAGUCAUUCAAGGGGGAAUACGCGGUCCUGCCUGCAUUCCAUGGAUCCGACAUAUCCCAAUAUUUCCCAAGCUUCGCUCCAAGAUUCUUCGAUGACCCAGCCUUCACAUCUUCGUUCACGCAAUCCUUCCUGGACUUCGCUCUCAGUCCCAACUCGGACCCCAACGCCAAGUUCGACGACGGCAACUUGACUCCGCGGUGGAACCGAUACACCUCCUCCUCCAAGUUUGAAAUGGUGUUCAACCGCACUGACGGGGAGGAACUUGAUAUCCGCCCAGCAAGCACGGGCGCGGGGCUUUUGGAACGCUGCGCGUUCUGGGAGAGUGUGAGCGACCUGACGGCUCAGUGA